AUGGCAAUUGAUUAUGUUACAAUUGACAAUGAAGUGGUACCCGAAGAAACAGUAACGGAAGACGAAGAAAUCAUAACUGCAGUUACAUUGACAUCUGAUAAUGAUAAUCAAGAAAUAGAAACUCAU